AUGAGUGAUUCUCCUCUGGAUCCAGCUACGUGUCAGAUUAGCUCACAAGAUGAAUUUGUGCAAAGUUCCCCUUUAGCCACAGCUGCCACCUGCUCCUCAAGCAGCACCUGUGACUCCAGCAGGCCCAUCAAACUGCUCAUCAUUUCUUUCUGGUGGAGUGCUACUCUGGGGAGAGCCAAAUAUAACACACCUUUGGAUCCAGGAGGGUCAAAAACCCAUAGUUAUCACCAGAGGUCGGAAGGAUUCUGGAGACCUUGGAUCCCCACCCCAAAAGAUGCCGAAAGACAGCUUGGGCAAAACGUAGAGGUGAGUUUGCACAGCCCUUCUGAGGCUACAGAAGACUCUGUAAAACUCGCACAAUAUACCCAUCCAGUGAGGCUAUUCUGGCCCAAAUCCAAGUGUUUUGACUACAUGUAUCAUGAAGCUGAAGCACUUCUGAGGAACUUUCCUGUCCAAGCAACAAUUUUCUUUUAUGAUGAAUCAGAGAACGAGGAAGAUAGCGAUGGCACAGACCAUGAGUCUGGAGCAGAAAUGGAUAAUUAA